AUGCCUAGACAUACCAAAAAGAAUGGAAUCUUUGAUUCCCAUGGUUUGCCGAAACCGAUUAUUGAAGCCGUGCAGACUACUGCCAACACCAUUGCCAGCGCCGGUUCAAGACGUGCAAUCGGGUAUUCAACUACCCCGAAGCAGCAUUACACUCAAAAUGGAAAUACGUUCACACAGAGUACGUUGAUGCCUGAGCUAGCUCACGGCUUAACAUAUACUCUCCGUCAGAGGUCAGACUCCCUCGAACAUAUUUCAGCUUUGAAAAGGACAUGCGAAUCCAUGACAAGAUACCUUGAAGAAAAUCCGGUCUCAUAUUUUUCCCGUGUAAUACCGAUUGAUAGCGAUGAGAUUUUCAUGCUCAAUAUGGGAAGACGGGUGAUGUUUGUAAAACCAUAUGCAAUGUACAAAGGUGUACGAGGCAAAACUUAUGGAUUUAUCCGAUUCGAAGGUGGGGAGGUCAAAUUUAAAGCCGCAAGUGGUUGGGGGAAAAGACCACCUGGAGAUUAUGACGAUUCAUUGAGGGAUAAUGAAUUCUGGUCAUCUCAAUUAUUGCAGUUUUGCAAUUCCCUAGGCUUCAAACUUCGGAGAAAUUGCUGGGAUAAAACCGAAGUUGGAAGGUACGCAGCUUGUCACGUUGAGAAAAAGCUUAUAUUGAUGCUGGUCUGCGAUUUGAUUUACGACAUCGAGACCGGGGAUAUCGCUAUGUUUCGGCUCGAAGAACUUCGGGAAAGAAGACUGCGGGCGGAAAUAUACCUGGAUAAAGACCCUUGCGAUGGUUGUAGGAACUUUGCUAUUGAAUUGGAAUAUGGGACAGGCAUCCAUUUCGAGAUAAUCACGGCAAAAACUCUUGUGGAAGCAGAAAUGGUGAAGAAGGAUGGGAAGAAACAGCUGCAAGCAAAGCAUGUUUCACCGAUGAUGCAUUCUCAAUUGUUGGAAUCUUCUACACCCAAGAUGAAACGGCCAACGAAGCUGGUGGACUAUAGCAUCCCUGAGAUUCCCUCUUCCUGGAAAAACACACCUGGGGGAAAGCGUAAAAGAAUGAUGGAUAAGGAUGAUGAGGCAUUUGUCCCCGAGGAAUUGCAACCAAAGGCCAAGAGGCUGCACGACAACCCUCGAAAAGUCGAUGAAGUCAAUAAAACAAUGUCAAAUUCGAUGACUUAUCGUUUGGGAAAACCAACCCCAACUUAUAACGCGCCCAAGGUCCUUACCAGCAACGCGUCACAUUCUGAUUCAUCUCAUCUGCGAAGCACCAAGGUAGACGUGAAGUCGGCGAAAGUUGUUUUGCCAUUGGGUUCAAAAAAGCAUGCCAAAGCGUCUCCAUUGCGGGCCACAGUACUGAACCAUCAUUCAGCGGCAAACAAGAGUAGCAAACUACUCAAUGACCAUGCUGGCCAUGCUGUACCAUCUGAGCGAUCACGAACGAUAGCUCAGCUUCAGCAGGCAAAGAAAAGUUUACUUCCUAGGCCUGGCCAUAAUUUGCCACUCUUUCACUGCGUACCCUCUUCGUCUUCAAACUCUCAAAAGGAAGUUAAUACAACCUCGGAUGAUUCCGAUUAUAUAAGCUCAAGAAGUUCGAGAACAGCUUCACUUGAUGAUUUCGCAGCCACACCACCUUUGCGGGUCGCAAAAGCUUUGCCUACUCCUGGAACAACGCCGUUGAGAAGAUAUGCAGAGGGUUCAUACUUGGAGAAGUCCAGUGCUCCUGAGUUUAGUACCGCAACAAGAUCUAUCUCUAAGUCAUACAAACGGACUCCGAUCAAAUCCGCGGUCUCUAACUAUCGGCCACCAGAACGAAUUAAUUCCAGGAGUAUUGAUUUGACCACUCCCGAGCCAUCACCACUGUUAAAGAUAAAGCAGUUUCAAUACACACCACCUUCCAAAUCUAGCAAACAUCGCUCAGAAAAGAAGGUCCUCCCUGUUCCGUUCAGAUUGUCCUUCCAGAGUCUGAAGAGCACUGGUGCGACAGGAGACGACCAUGUCCAGCUCAUUGAAGUUGGCAUAUGUUGGGCACCAAAACUAUCUGGCUUACAUACUAGUACAGAGCAGCGUGACAACGUCAUUGGUUAUGAGGACUUUCACUACAAACAGGAAGCUGUUGUAGCCAGUGCAAGCCGAAUCUAUACCCAUAUCAUACAAGGAAAGUUGAGCGGUCGGGACAUGGUGCAACUUGCAGCUCUGUGUAGUGUAUUUCCUGCUUUCUGGUAUCUGCGAAACGGAAGGAAGAGUAAUACUAGAUCCUUUACCUCCAAUGACUCAAAACCACUCAAUGGGAAUGCACAUGGGACAAUUCCCAAAAGGAGCGUUGAUAUUGACGACUCCGAAAUUGUCGACCCGGGGCUAUUGAAAAAGCAUUCUGAGAUAAGAUCCUAUACCACGAGUCGAUUUACGUAUUCUUCACUCCGGAUUUUCUUCAGCAGACAUGCCCAAGCCGACAAAUUACCUACAAAACCUGCUCCACUACCUCUAUUAGUUUUUAUUCAUGGUCUGGGAGGCUCAGUAGCGCAAUUUAACCCUCUAUUAACAAGCCUUGUGAAUUUGGCAUCAUGCCUUUCAAUCGACUUACCAGGCUGCGGUCUUUCUGCCUUCGACACAAAACUACCUUGGGAUGCGUAUACUGUGGAUGCUCUUGCAGAACUUGUGGGCAAAAUUAUCGAGGACUACAGGGAAAAAGAUACGGGGCAGGGUGUGGUUUUGAUUGGACAUAGCUUGGGGUGCUCAAUAGCUGCCUUACUUGCAUCUACAACGUCGCCGCGAACAAUUGCGCUAUCAGAGAAUGUCAUGGGCCUUGUUGCAAUAUGUCCUCGCGCCGAACCCCCUAGUGAAGACGAGGUUAGUAAGUUUAGGAAGCUGCUAUUGGUCCCAGAUCUCGUUUUUGAUCUUUGGCGAAACUGGGAUCGUCGAGGUGGGCCUGAUAGUGCUAGUGUGCAUAGAUUUGUCGGCCAUGGAGCGGAUGAGGAGACGAAGAAGCUCCAAGAACGAUUCAACAGUCAGAGUAAAACAGCAGUGUGGAGGAGGAUGGCAAGUGGAAGUCUGCCAAUCUACCAGAACCAUAUUGCGAAAGGUGGGCUUGCUGGGGGAGAUAUCUGGAAGGGUUUGGAUAUGCCGGUCUUUCUUAUUGCUGGGGAAGCGGAUAAUAUCACAAAACCUGGGGAGAUUGAAAAGAUUGCUCAAUUUCUUGGAAAGUCUCACCCAGUUCAAAUUGAGCUCAACGACAAAAGUGAGCCUAUUAUUGAUGCAGCUGCACCUGUUGAUAUACCCAAAGAGAUGAAAUCCAAAAGCAACGGAAUCGAUCCUAUGACCGAAAGAAAUAUCUUCGAAAACAAUCCUAGUACCGCUAUAGAUUCGUCAGAAGACCCAUCGACAUCAGAUGACUCUGAAAGAACUGAAAGUAUCCCUCCCCAACCUUUCAGACCCAGGAGGGUUUUAAAGACAACAAUCAUUCCAGCCCCCGCUUCGCAUGCCCUGCUCUACAUGCCAUCCACUGUGAGAACUCUUGCAGGUCUUGUUUCGGAUUUCCUUUGCACCCAAGUGUCGCCUCGUUUAUCCUUGGGUUGGCAACUGCAGUUUCUCUCCACUUCCGGCAAAUGGGAUGUGAAAAAUCUGGCAAAGUGGCAAGCAGUCACUCCCGUUUCUGAACCCAUAGCGGGCGUAUUCCGUGCCAUGAAAACGUUGAGAGAGGUAGAUGAUACUCAUUGUCCGGAGGUGUUCGUGAGUAAUUGGGGCGAGCAGAUCAAGGAUAUUGUGGAUAUUAGUCACGAAAGUCCCGUGUACGAUCCUCGAGGUCUUGAGAAAGGCGGGAUACGAUACCAUAAAUUUCCCACGGUAUCUAAAAUACCACCUACAUCUGACGACGUCACCACCUUCAUCGACUUAAUUGAUCGAUUACGAGAUGAGCAGACAGUAAGGAAGGAAAAGGAAGGCGUCGAGGGUGAAUGGUUUGUGGGGGUACACUGUCACUACGGCUUUAACAGAACUGGAUAUUUCAUCGCCUGUUAUUUGGUGGAAAGGUGUGGGUAUGGAGUUCAAGGAGCGAUUGAUGAAUUCGCUAGGAGAAGACCGAAGGGCAUUAAACAUGCGCAUUUUAUGGACCAGCUGUUUGCAUUGGUUUUGGGGGCAUCGAGUCGGACGCUAUACUUCGCAGUCAUCACCAACAUUCUUAAUUCCUACCCAAACAGCGGUAAAGACGGAACGACAAGUUUAUCAGAUAUGCAACAGAGAUACGAACUUCUCAUCUCUCGCAUCGCAAACUAG